AUGGCAUCAAUCUCAGUCUUCCCCUUCCACGUGGAAGGGGCAUCAAACGAACGUGUCAAGCUCAUCCCAUUCAAUCCAGAGCAACACUGUGAAACGUUCUUCCGCCUAUCAUCGCCGCAUCCCGAAAUCUACGCACAUAUGCCCAUGUGUCCCCCGGCUUCAGCAACCGAGCUCAAAUCCCUGUUCUACAGCGAUUCCCCGAGUCACAUUCUGUCCUUCUCCAACCCAGAAUCAUUUGCAUUUGCCAUCAUAGACAAGACACGGCCACCAUCCCCAGAAGACUCUGAAGGUGAACUGGCUGGUACUGUGAGCUUUAUCCGUACCUCGCCGAUAAACCUGUGCGCAGAGAUUGGAUUUAUUGUCAUCCUGCCUCCUUACCAGCGAACCCAUGUGGCCACUAAUGCUGCUGGCCUCGCUCUACAGCUUGCCUUUGAGUCUGCAGAGAAAGGUGGUCUUGGAUUACGCAGAGUAGAUUGGAUGGCUAGCACGAUGAACCUUGCUAGUGCUCGACUUGCGCAGAGGAUGGGAUUUGAAAAGAUCGGAGUCAUACCGUGGCAUAUGCGGUUUGUGAAAGGGAAGACAAAUGGGAAAGUGGGACAUGGCAAGGAACCGCCGCCUGGAAGUGAUCCUGAGGAUUUGUGGCGCGACACAGUCAGUCUUUCUCUGGCGUGGGAUCAGUGGGAGAAUGGUGCGAGGGAAAUGGCGGCGAAGGUUAUGGGGAGAUGA